AUGCCAACAUGGGAAAAGAUAUGAGUUUAGUUCGUUUUAUAAAUUUGAGCAGACAAUAACACAAAAAUAAAAAUUUCAUGUAAAUUUUGAUAUUAGUUGAGAAGACAUUUGGAUAAAUUGGUCCAUUUAGCGAUGGACAAGGACAGAAGUAAAUUCAACCCGAAUACGAAUGAAAGAUCCGCGUGUGCGAAAUGCACUAAACCAGAUACUUGUAUUCACUUGCGCACUAUUCGGCAACAGCAGCUGGAGAAGAUCAGCUCCACCCGGGUGCUGCAUAUGGUUCGAAACUUCCAGGAGAACCGCAGCGAUGAGGAUAUCUUUUUCGAUUGCAUGAGCAUUGGGGACAGCGAUUUGGUGCGAGAUGCCAAUAGCUGCAAGUCGUCCAGUGGCAAGUCGAGCAGCGGAAAGGGACCAUGUCAUGAUCCAGAGGCGUUACGAGCGGCCCUGGAGCGUGUUGCCCAAGGCACCCAAAUGAUGUUGAAGAAUUUUGAUCAAUCGAAAUGCGGUUGCCGCAAAUCAUGUAAUGCAACCCUUGAAAUAACCGCACGUCUGAUUACCGACUCCAAGGAUGCUGGCCCUAAUUGCCGCUUUCAGGGCAGGCCGGUGACAAUGAAAAUGCCAUUAGAAUUCGAUCCAAGCACUGGACAAUUGGGCGCCAAAUCCGCCGCAUCCACAUCAUCACGUCCCAUAUGCAGUGAACCGAGCAAUCAAUAUUCUCAACCAGGUUGCCCAGCUCUAAUCUACAUGCAAGACGAGCGACCAUCUCCGCGCCAAGUUCCCAAAGCCAUUGGCGAAACCGAUGAUUCCGAUAAUAUACCAAUUCGCUCCCAAAAAAUGCAAACAGAUCAAUCCUAUUUAAAGGAUAAAUGGCGGCCAAAUCGUACGGAUUUUGAGCAGGAAUCGAACAAUGUAAGCGUCAAAUCAUCUCAAACGGAUAAUCAAAGUAAAAAGGAGGCGGAGACAAUCCCAAAUAAACCCUCUCAGACGGACACAUCGUUCCUCUAUGAUCAGUACAUGCGAUCGCGGGGAGAGAACAAGACACAGGACGCGCCAUCGCAGACAAAUUUGAAGCAGGAUCUCAACGAAAUGGGCAACAUUCGUUAUCCCACCAAUUUUGUGCCCGGAAUGGGAGUUCAGGUUCAUGAAGCUUCCAAAAAUAACUCAUCUCGUAACAUCAGUCGUCGACCAUCGGAUCCAACAAUUCCAUCGACAGUUGCCCCAUCCCAGAAAGAUAAAUGCACAUGUGACGUUCCUUUCCUAAACGUUUGUCCCUCCAAGUCGAUGCCCACUAUUUGCGCUCCCAAUAAAGCAGCAUCCAGUGCCUUCCAGUCGACCUGCUCCAAGCAGAGCACCCAACCAAGCCAAGAUUCCACUGCCUGGUAUAGUUUAGAGUCGGAUACAAGCAAUGCAUCCAAGCCCACCUUUUGUCCAAAGAAGAGUUGUAAAUCAUUGCAUAUGGAGUCCAUGCUUACCAAGUGCAGCUGCAAAUCCUUAAGACCUUGCGAUAAUUUCAGGUCAGCACAGAGUUCACGCUCGGGUUAUCCACCGCUGGAUCUGUCAAAUGACAUGGAGUCCCAAAUGCAAUCUGCCCAAAGUAAAUCAAUCAAGUGCUUUUGUCAGAACAAUGUGAAGCCUACACAGAGCUCCAAAUCCUUGCCUUGUGGUGAACGGAACAGGUCUGCUCCUUGUGUCACUGUCGUUUAUUGUCCACUACGGGAUUAUGUCCACGGCCCAACAUCCAUCGAUAUUGAAAUGGGACAAAUUUGUCCCGAUAUUUCCAACGAUGCCACCAACUGGCAAAGUGCUCGGUCCAAUCUUUCCAACGCUUGCGAUCCCACUAUUAGCAAUGACACAUGCUUCCGCACCGUGGAGAGUAAUCCAACGGCGGUGACUCCUUGGAACAGUGCAAAGUCCACCAAUUCCUGUUUUUGUGAUUCUAGCAAACCAAAUCCCCUGAGUAAACCAUCGACCAACACAUGUUUCCUCAAUGCGGAGAGUAAUCCCCAGGCAGUGACUGCUUGGAGCAGUGUGAAAUCAAGCAGGAGCUGUGGUUGUAAUACCAGCAAUCAGAUUCCCAUUGAAACAUCCACCAACACACGUUUCCUCAACAUGGAGAGUAAUCCACAAGCUGUGACUGCCUGGAACAGUGUGAAAUCGGACAAAAGCUGCGCAUGUAAUUCCAGCAAUCAGAUCCCCAUCAGAACAUCCAAAUCUCAGAUCUGUUCCCGUGCCAUUGUGACAUCCGACCAGAAUUUUGGUUCCAUGAAGGACACUCCAACUGCGUGGAUGAGUGUGAAAUCCGACAAGCCUUGUUCGUGUGGCUCAAGCGAUCCUGCCAAUAAAUCAUCCAACACAGAGCAAACCACUUCCCGUUCCCGUUCGGUUAUGGCCAAGGUAACUUGCCUAUGUUCAUCCGAGCAAAGGGCCGACUUAGGUGAAACGAGUCGCGAGAAAAACGAUGGACCUCCAUUUGCUAGGGUCGAGGAAAGCAAUCUGGAUUUUGACAUUUCUGUGGCGGAUCCCUGCCUGGUCUCAGCAGCAGGUACCGACAAUCACGAUGGAGAGGAGCGGCCGAACUACAAAUCAUGCUAUACACCAUCUCAAGGCACAAAAGUGGUCUUUAUGAAGGCGGACGGAUUCUGCGAUUGUGGAUCUUCGGAAACAUCAUUGAUGGAGAAAGCUGAACGAUUAGGUAAUGAAUCAGCCGAAGAUUCAGCUCGCGAUCAGGAUGGGAAGGCGACAAAGAAGUCCAAAUCAGGCAGCUGCGUUUGCUCCAAAGUGUUUAGUGAAGAUUUCAAAACCCAGAAUCCCUCAAUGAAAAGCGCAAUGAGUUGUUCUUGCGAUAAGGAAACUGACCAUGAAUACAAAUCAACACGCUCGGAUCAAACCCCGUGUUCUUGUUAUAUCAAAACCUCCAAAUACGAUGUGUCUAUGAGGGACUUCAGCAUGGAGCCUGAAAGUGUUGGCGUCGUCAUGACCUGCGAUACCACUGUGUGUGUCGAUAAAGAUACCUUCGAUAAACUAUCGAUCGGAGUAUCGGCUCGAAGCCAAAACAGUACUAGGGAACGUUUAUUCAAUAUGAUAGACUUGGUGACCAGCAAUAGGGAUCCCUUAGUGAAUCGUAGCGAUGUGGCACAGCAAAUCAUCCGUGAGCUAACGUUGGUGUUGCGCCAAGAGGAAGAGGAAUCAAAACCACCGAAAUUAUCAUACGAAGAUUGUAUGGAGGCAGUAGAAAGAGGUGAUAGACCCGUUAAAAAACAGAAUAAAACCCAGGCGGAUAUCAGUCGACUGCAAUGCUUAGAUCGAAUGGAACAAUACCUCCAAACAUGCUUUCCACGCAAAAAGAAAUCGAUUCCAGAGAUGGAAAUUGGCGCUUUUGAGAUUGAUCCGGAUUUUGAUCCAGACCGCAAGAGUCCAUCCGAAAGUGAGCCGGAAAUUCGAGAUGAUCAGAUGUUUCGCAGUUGUUUCACCGAUGUGGAUGCUAGAUUUCUGACACCCAAAGGCGGCUCUGUUACACCAUCUACUGUGGAGUCUCCUGGUAGCCUUAAAGAGAAUUCCGAUGGUAAAAAUUCUUCACCAGAUGGUGCAUCUGAAGGUCAGCUCAGUGAAAGACCUGAAGCAUCAAUGGCUGAUGACGAGCCGGAAGCAUCGCAGAGGCUCAGUUUAGAGCAUAGAGCCCCAUCAUUGGUCAGUUCAGAGCGUAAAUCGUCACUGGGCGGUUCUCAACGUAAAGCAUCAUCACUGGCUGGUUCCGACCGUAAAGUUCCAUCACUGACUAUUUCAGAACCUAAGGCACCCUCUCUGGCUGGUUCAGAGCCUAAGGCACCAUCUCUAACUAGUUCAGAACCAAAAGCAUCAUCAGAGCCUAAAGCAUCGCUUCAAUUCGCCGGAGAACCUGAUGCAUCCAACGAGGAAUAUCAGCCAAUACCACAGGUCGGCUCAGCACUGGCGUGUAUUAAUGAACCGUGUCCCGAGGCAACAUCACAAGGCCCAAAGAGUACCGCAGAUUCAUGCCAAUUAUGCGAGCUGGAUCCUAAUGAUCCGCUGAGUCCACUUACGGAUCGAGAGCGUUUAUUAUGCGAAUAUUUGCUACGAAGGAUGUGUGAACUAUGUGACGAGGACCAACAGGAGGAGGACUACGAUGGCGAUGCCGAAGGUGAUCGCGGUGAUCGUUCAGCCCCAAAUCAACCCUGCCUUUGCUGUCAUUGCCGUGCUCUUGUCUGUGACAAUCAAUGUAAGACCGUAACCAAGACUUUGGAUUCUGCGAUGUACGAUCCCGUUGCUGAAAUGAAAUACUUUAUUGAUUCCGUUGUAUUCGAUUUGCAAGCCAUGGAGCAUGUGAUGAAGAAAAAUCAAAUAAAUCCAAAGGCUCCGAAACCAUCGCCUUAUAUGGGUAAUGCGCCGGGGGAAAGCUUCCCGGUAACCAUAACUGAUGUCUCAAGUCUGGGAUGUCGAGCUCUCUACGUUCGUUGGGAGUUGCAAGACUGCAGCGGAGUUGGUGGCUAUGAGAUCUAUGUAGAUGGACACCUGACAAAUCGUUUUUAUAGCCAUCGUCAUGAGGCUGGCGUUGUAAGCAAUGUGGAUGUGACAAAGCGUCAUCAAAUUAUACUGCGAGCACAGGCAAUCGGACAGGAGUUUCCCGGAGAGGACAGAGGCAACUGUAAUAAUGCUAUGAUCAAUGCCCAUCCGGAGAUGAGGGUUGGUGCCCAACAACCCUGGACACCCAGUGUCUAUUUUUAUGAACCAUAAAGUGCGCCUCAGAUGUCGAAGGCGCUAAAGUGCUAGUCAAAAGUUUCUUACCGAGUUUUGUGUAUGUUCUCCCCAGAGAUUUAUGUAUAUGCUUUUAAUUUGUGAAUCUACACAUGAAAUAGGCGUGCAUAAAUCAUUAGUUUUUUUUCAGUUGUUUUCCUUUGUACCUAAGCGUAGAGAGAAUUGAGAUUUUGAGGAACGAGAAAUGUUCCAGCAAGCAAUCAUAUAUGUACUACUAUAUGGAAUUGAAAAUGCACAUCGAUUGUGCCCACUAAAUGUGCCUUAAAGUGCACUUAACAAUGUUGCACAUGUUAAAUUUGAAUCUGUUAAACACUAAACAAUUUAGAGAUGGGCAAAGUGAAUUGAGUCACACUGAAGGGCAGUGUUGAACAGUUACAAACGUACUAAAUCACAAAGAAUAUUGUAAUGAGUGUUGUACAGUCACA